CUAACGGUUUACAUUAUAGCCUUGUGCAUUGCCCAUACAAACAUACUUCUUCCAAGGAGGAAGCUUGUUUUGGCUGGGAGUUAAACUGUGAGCGAACGGGGCUUUCCAAUUUCAGAAAGGUCGUGUGUUAAUUUCACCGUGAUGCCAUGGGCAGUGGCUAGAUGGUUCAUUCUACGUCCGUUCAAGCUCACAUAACCCAGUCUCUGUCCCUGGAGGGGCAGCGAGAAGUAUGCCAUAUGAUAGGGCUCAAGUUUGCGGUCAUUUCAAGUGUUACUAUUCUCCGAAAAAUAAGCAAACCGGAAGGGAGACCCGUUUGCGGGAUCGCUUCAAUGGAAGCUCAGCAGGAAAGCGUGGAUAUUUCUGUGUUUAACGAAUGUGCUCAGCCGAUUAUGCGAACUCGAGGGAAAUUACAUCAGCGACGUUACAAAAGGGUGGCACUUUCGUUCACUAUGAUACUUCGUUCAAAGUACAACUUAUCAUAGUAACGAAAUUCCUGUUAGACAUGUAACAUCA